CGGUUGACGGCCCAGUGUGCAUUCUGCGAGAUUCGAUGGCGGCCACGAUGCUGCCGUCGCACGGAACGAUCAUCCUCAAAGAGGGCUACCUCAUCAAGCGCAGCAAGGGCAACAAGCUCGUGUCCAAUUGGCGCCGGCGCUACUUCCGGCUCCAGCCCGGCGAGCUCUUGUACUUUGAGUCGCCGCAAGAGGUCGCGCCGCGUCGCCGCAUUCCUCUCGGCCUCGACUCGACCGUCUCGCUCACGAACGACCAAGGCUACAACCUCUGCUUCAUGCUCCAGUCGACGCCAACGUCCGACAAGUUUUAUGUCCAGGCCGCGACCGAGACGGAGAAGAAGGCGUGGGUCGACGCGAUCUUUGAAGUCCUUCGCCGCGCGAAAGACGUGCUCAACCAGCCCGACCCGAGUACGCGCUUCCCUCGACGCAUCACUUGGUCUCACCUUUUCGUAGGUGCGGGGUUGCGGCCCAAUUUGGUCCAUCGGCGCUCAUCGCGAACACCGACCUUGCAAGAGUCGGUGCACCUCAACGUGCGCGUGGCCGCGGCGAAAGGGCUCAUUGCGGCCGAUGCCCGGGGCACGAGCGACUCGUACUGCGUCGUGACACUCGUCGACAAGGGCGGGCACUUUAUCAACGAGACAAAGCGGCAGACCAAAGUCAACGGAAACGACCUCGCGCCCGUGUGGAACUUCGACACGGUGUUUGGCGACAAAAUCGACUUGACGCUGGUCGAUGAAGUACGCUUCGACUUGUACGAUCAAGACUUGUACACCAAGGACGAGUGCAUUGGGACCGUGUCGGUGCCCAUGGGUCUCUUCAAAAUGUCGGUCGCGAGUGCGACGUCGUCGGAAACCAUUGACCACUGGUUCCAAAUCGCACCGCCGCCCCAAGGCGCGCGCCCGACGACGCAUUUGCUCAACUUGGGGCAGAACACGAAGGUCCUCAACGAACGCGACCACGGCGAGCUGCACGUGAUCAUGAGUCUCUCGGGCGAGAAGCUCCCCGCGUUCUUCCAGUCGCUCGAGCGCAGCCAUUACUCGCCCAAGAAGGAAAUGAUUGCCAACAACUUUGACGAGACCGACAACCGGCUCGAAGUCAGCGUCGUCUCGGCCAAGGGACUUGUGUAUUUGGACCCGAAAGACAACGCACCGUCGACUGCCAUCAACCCGCUUGCCGAAGUGCACGUGCUCGACGUUCACAAACGCCUGCUGCACCGCGAGACGUACCGCAGCGGGAUCCAGUUUCGAACCAUCGCGCCGACGUUUUCCGAAUCGUCGUUUGUGUGCGGCCGCCACGCACCCAUCGACCAAGCGGGGUACGUCAAGGUCACGAUCCUCCACGCCGAGCGCGGCGACCGCUUCAUUCCGCUCGGGUCGGUCACCAUUGAUCUCAACGAAGUGUCUGCGUACAAGUUGACAAAAUGGUAUCCCCUCGAGUCGGCGCCGGGCCCGGACGACGUGACCAAGCACGUGGGCGAUGUGCGCUUGGAGCUGUGUCUCAUUGGCGAAAGCCGCGGGGAGAAGCUACAAAAAGAAGCCACGCGACGAGCCAUUACGGCCGCGGGGCACACGAAAACCAUCGAGCAGACCGAGCUCGACAAUGCGCAAUUCCAGAUGCUGCUGGCCGAGCGACACUUGGACGGUGCCAAGAUUGCGUGCGCAGAGAAAGGGUACCAGGUCCGCCACCCGAGCUUUUAUGGCGUCAACGGCUACCUCCACGCAGCCCACGCGCAGCUCGUGCACGCCAACCGGCGCCACCAAACGCCCGACCACGUCUUCCAGAACCGCGGGUUGAUUGAAGGCUACGCGCUUCUGGACGUGUCGAUUGUCGGUGUCCAGAACCUCACGGUCGGAGACCGCACGUCGGUCUUGCCGGUGGGCACGUACGCCAAGCUCGAAGUCGAGCCCACGGUGGCCAUCAUUGCGGGCAAGAAGGUCUCCAAGCCGUACCUGGUUCGCAAGGCCAAGAGCCCCAAGAAAUCACCGACGCACCGCGUCCUGCAGCACCCGGAAGACCGUGAUGACUUGAACGGCGGCAUGGUCCGGCAGGCGAUCUGGGGCAAGAAGCCGCUGACGGCCGAGGCCGACGUCAUGGCCGACGAUCGUCCGUACUUGCGCGUGCGUGUCGUCUCGGGGCACAGUCUCCUCGCGGGCGACAUGAACGGCUACAGCGACCCGUACUGCACCAUCUUCCUCACCGACACGCACGACGUGCCGUACAAGAAGGAGAAGAAGAAGACCGCCGUCGUGAACAAGACGCUCAACCCGGUCUGGCAGCACGAAGAGUUUACACUUGGCUACGACAUUGAUCUGAACAACGCCAAGACGCUGCUUCUGCACGUCAAGGACCACAACAACAUUGGCCAUGCGACGCCGCUCGGGCGCGUCGAGAUUCCGCUCCAGGACCUCUGCCAGGGCUCCGCGACGACGACGUCGAUUGCGACGGUCGCCAUGACGAAGCGGUACCGACUCGUGCCCGAGCCGUGGAUGAAGCAGGAGCGCGUCGACCUCGGGGAGCUGUGUCUCGAGACGGAAAUGAUUGGCAAUGCGACCGUGCUCGCCAACCUCCUCGUGCGCCAGAAGCAGCUCGCUGCGGGGAUGCUCUCGUUCCACUCGAGCCACUCGCUCGUGGGAUCGAGCGACGCGCCGCCGACAGAUGCUGCGGCGAUGGAGGACGAAGAGACCAUUUUCACGCCGGGCCAGCACAUUCGAACGUACUCGACGCCUGGCAACGACCCGCAGUGGCCCGGCGAUCGCUUCCAGCUCCAGCUCGCGUACCCGGCCCUUCUGACCGACUCGGUACCGAGCGUUAAGUACCGCGACGAAGGCUUCGAGUACGACGUGCGGGUGACCGUCCUCUGCGGCCGCAACAUGCUCAACUGCGACCGUAACAGCGAGGCGGACCCGUUCUUCACCAUCUACCCGGUCUGGCCCACGGGCGAGGUCGUCCACGCGGCCAAGCAGCAGUCGCUGACCGUCUACGAGAGUCGGAAUCCUGUCUGGCCAACGACAGCGUUCACGUUUGGGCACAACUUUGAUGUCACCAAGAUAUCGCACUUGGCGAUUCACUUCUACGACCGCGACUGGGGUGACCUCGAUACGUCGUGCCUCGCCGCGCUCGGCGAUCCCAGCGAAGUCGACAACAGCGCGUGGCUGCCACGUCAUCUGCUGCACAAGGUGUCGCCUGCCGGCGACGUCGACAAGUCGGGCGCGCGUGACAUGCUCGAGUACGAUCAGAAGGUGCUGGCGUUCCGUCGGUGCGGCGCCGGUGGCAACUACUUUCCGGGCCGCGUCCGCCAUUACACGCCGUUCCCGUCCGACACGUACCUCGUGCUCUUUGACGACGAGCUGAACUCGAUCUCGCUCCUCAAGAAGCUGCUUAGCUACGACGCAAUGGGCGAGAUCAUGCACGUGCGCAACGACGGCUCGGUCGACAUCCAGCUGCACGGCGAGAAGAAGACGUAUGUCCCGCGUGUCCCGCUACGCCUCUUGACGCCGAUCAAGGCGUUCCCGCCGGCGGUCGACACGACGCUGGCGGCCAAGCGCCCGGCGGCGACGGCGCCAACACGGGCCAAGAAAUGGACCUCCGUGCGUCUCCAUGUGCUCUCGCUCGCCGAGAUGCGGUUGCCAGAGAACGUCAACGCCGCGGUUGUCGUGUCCCUCCUGGCGGCCCCCGAUGCCAAACACGUCACCGUGACAGCGCUCGGCGAAAUCGUGGGUCUCGUCGAGACAUCGACGCGGCCGCCGUCACCGUCGCGCGCGUCGAUGCUACCAUUGCCCGAGACGCCGAAAACGUUCGUCGUGCCGUCGGCGCAAGGAGCGUCGCUCGCCCACGUCGAUCCAUGGGUGCUCGAGGGCCCACUCCUGGACGCGACCGACGCCUUCCUCUUCCGCAUCGUCGACCAAGGCAGCGGUAAAGAAGCCACGAAGGGCUCGACGCGAGUUCUUGGGAUGGCCAAGCUCGACGUCCAAAGUCUUUUGGAAGACCACUCGAACCAGCACCUCAAGAUCUUUCCCGAGAAGACGCUUUCGUUUGAUACGUUUUAUGGCGUCUUACAAACGCGGACGAGUUGCACGCGCCGACCGGUCGACGACGACGUCAUUGAAGAGAGCGUGGUGACGGCCACACUCGACGAUGGCAAGAAGGGCGUCGACGAGUGGUACGCCGAUGUGCUCCGAAAGGAAGCCGAGACGUCGCUCGGUCUCUCGCUGCGGUCGCUCCUCGAGCCGGGUAACCACGUCGAGCUUUCGUACCUGGCACGGCGCCAGGCGCUCCGGGGCGCGCUCUCGGCGCGGCAGAACCGACAAGUCGACAACCUUGGAUUCGCGCUCAACGCUGUGUACCGUCACGUUCUUAGCGUCCUGCGCGCGAUCGAGCUCUUUGACGAGUACGAGGGCUUGUCGCACGACGAUCAACGCAAGUUCUCGGCCAUGCACUGCGUGAGCGCGCUGGGCGACCACGACGAGUGGCUCUACCGGCGCCUCAAUGACAUGCCGCUCCACGUGCGUAAGAAGACCGUCGUCGACCUUGAAAUGCACUUGUUGGAGCUGGCGGGCGCGACAACGCUGCCCGAGGUGCCGCUGCCCGAUGCCAGCCGCGACGAGUGGCUACGCAUGCGCACUUUACGCUGGGACGCCAUCAACCAAGUGGGCGAUUUCUUGCCCCUCGAGCGCGGGUUCGUGCUCAAGUACGCGGCGUGCUUUACGGGGUCGGGUCUAAUCUCGUGGAUCCUUCGGCUCCCGUCCGUGCUCUGGAAGGACGGGUGGACGGCGUUUGCCGUGAACGAGGUCAUGGACGACGACGCGCUGCUGGGGUGGGAGGACCCCGCGCUGUUGAUCAACACGGAGGCGAUGCAAGCCCCCGAGAGCCGCGAGCACGCGCUCGUGUGGCUCAAAGCACUCUUUGACGCGGGUUACAUUGAGAGUGUCUCGGACAAGCGUGACUUUGCCGACGGGGACGACCGGUACUAUAGGCUGCACGGCCUCGAGCACGAGCGUUUGCAUCAGAAGCGCAAGGACAGCACGUUCCCGCUUGACUUGGUCCAGGAAAUCGACUGCCAGACCAAGAGCAAGGGCGAGCUCUUCUGCAAGCGGCUCACCGACCACGCGAGCGGCUUUCUUGGGACGCAGAGCACCGUGUCGAAUCUGAUUGGAUCGGCGGCCAUGACGGUCGAAGCCAUGACAAGCCUCAAGGUGCCGCACUUGACGCUACCGAACGUCGCCAAUGCGCUGAGUUUAUCGCCGCACAUGCUGUGGGACUGGAAGUACGCGCUCUUUAUUCCUGGCGCCAAGCACGAGCACAAGUACAUUUAUCUCUACGACUCGGUGCAUGCGACGAACGCGUCGAUCGCGAUCGAUCUCUCGGGCGCGCGCACGUUCGUCACGUACAGCAACGCCGCCGUCCACGGCGACGACUGCUUUGAAGUGCGAUUCCCGACCUUCUUCGCGCCCGACCCGGUUACCAACAAGCUGUGCAAGCUCUCGGACGCCGACGUGGAAGCGGCGUUCGCAUCCGACGUCAGCCACAGCAUCGUGCUCAAGGCCACCGACUCGCAGGUGUGGGUCCAAGCCAUGCUGCUCGCCGGCGUCAAGGUCGUCCUCGAGAAGCGCCAGAAGGUCCUCUUCCAGCGCCUCAACAACACGGUCCUAGAAGCCAAGUGCGUCAAGGCCAACGUGCCGUUCAAUGCGUCCGACCCCGAAGGCUCGUUCCAACACCUCAUAAACGCGGUCUUCGGCCACGACAAGGCGAGCCAGCACUCGUCCGACAAGCAACUCAAAGAACUUCGGUCGCGCAUUCGCAGUGAGCUCAAGAAGACGGCUGCGCUCAAGGAGCCCGUGACGGCCAAGUACGGGCAGAGCGGUAUCUUUGACCCGCCGCCCACCGACGCGCGCAAGUUCACGCGCAGUACCGAGUACCCUGCGCGGAUUAGCAAGAUCGCAACACCGUUCACCGACGCAAACUACCCAGUCAAGGUGCUCUACAAGCUCGAGGCGGUGCCGCCUCGCAUGCAGCAGCUGCUGAAAACCCAAGGCGUUCGCGACCUCUUCCUCCUCUAUGACGUCGAGUACCACCACAAGAACGAGACGAUCAUCGAGAAGCACCUCUUGCGCGAGGACUUUCACACGAUGGACGGCGACCUCGACCCGCUUAAAGUCCAUAGCAAGUGCGUCGACCUCAACGUGGUCUUCAAGCCCCACGACCUGGAGGGCUGCGUCUCACUGUUUACAACGUACGAGAACGGAGAGACACCCAUGGGCCGGUUCCGCAUCCCGAUUCAAGCCCUCUCGGACACGCGCGAACUCGACUGGUGGUUCAAGCUCAUGCCGGAGCGGGGCAUGCUCCAGCGCCGUGAGCUCGGGUCGAUCCGCGUCCGCAUAGAGAUGCGCAAGCACCCAUCCAAGACGUGCAUGGGCAGCCUCGCGCUACCGCCUCCGGUCGCCCAGCGCAUCGAGAAGGCCAUUACCACCAAGGUGCACAACCAGCCAGAGUCGUGGCUGCGUCGCAAGCGGUCGGGCGCCGCGGCGACGGCCAAGCCCAAGGCACCGGUACGAUCGGUGCUGCACAUUGAUGUCCUCGAAGGCCGGAAACUCAUCGUGUGCGACAUCCGCACGUCCGACCCGUUCGUGCAGCUGUACCUCGUCGGUAGCAAGAACGGCAAGGACGACGAGGUCGCUUGCGGCAAGACCGACAUUGUGCCCAACACGUUGAACCCGAGGUGGACCAACCAAGGGUUCACACUUGGGCGCGGCGACGACGUGCGUCUGGACGACAAGAAGGCGCUGAUUCUACGGGUGUUUGACCACGACUCGCUCUCGAGCAACGACCCAAUGGGCUGUCUCCGCCUCGAGUUUGAUAAGGACCAUCUCGGAUACAUCCGCCGCCUCAAGCUGCACCACGCAGGCCCCAGCGGCAAGGAGACGCCGACGUGGCUCGCCCUCGACGACAGUGGCGAAGUCGAGGUCUUUGAGCGCCUCAUGCGCGACACGAAAGCAGGGCAGCUCGCGUGGGCCAAAGCGCGUGGGAAUUCGGAAGACGACGGAGUCCUUGGUCGCCUACGCUUUCGGGUCAAGGUUACCCACUGCGACUUUACCGAAGCACCAGAGACGUCGGCGAAUGCGCCGCCGGUCAAGGCUGGGAGUCCUCUCAAGCCGGGCGCUCAAACGAUCAUCCGCGCCAACCCUGCGCACUCGGACCUUACGCGCUUUGGUCUCGAGCUCACGCUUGAGAGCGUCUAUGGCAAGGACAAGAAGGCGACUGUCGACGAUGCCAGCCUCGCCGGCUUUACGCUCGCGUUUGCCCCUCGCACGCGGGAAGGCCACCUCGUGAGCUACGACGUUUUGGCCGAGCAGGCGACCCAUGAUGGGAAAGCGCCGCUUCUCGAGCGAUUGAACGAGGUCAUUCUGCUCGGGACCUCGUACGACGUGACGCGCGUCGCGUCGUACGACGUGGUCUUGCACCACACGGAGCGCGGCUCGUCGCUUCUCGGGUCGCUCGCCGUCGCCACCGGUCUCGCCAACUCGACACUCGAGAUCGAGUGUCUCAACCGCGACACCAAAGACGUGCUUCAAAAGGUCGUCUUGAGCUUCAAUGCGUCCUACAUGGGACUGCACCGCGCCGAGUACGUCGAGCGCGUUCUUGCCGAGACGUAUGCGUACGCUGGCCUCGACUUUGACCCGCGCUCGAUUGCAUCGCUGGGGCAGACGGCGGAAACGUUCCUUUGGGAGACAUGCCACCAGCUCACCAAGCUCUACGAAAGCAGCCGCCUGCACUGGCAGCUCACGCCGAAGCUGCUCUUCUUCCUCUUGCACCACAACUUGUCCCGCGGGAAGGAUCGACUACCUGCCGUCGCCGAGGCGAAAGGGCAGCUCACGGGUCGUCUUCACGGCGAACUCACGCCACGCUUGAUCGCAACGCUCUCAACACUCUGCGACUGGAGCGGAGGUGACACGGUCAUGAUGGCAGCCACCUCGCACGACACGCCGCAAACCACGACGACUCUGCAUGUCGGGGAUACGGUCCACGCACAUGUGGCGCCGGCGCUGGCACUUCUACCUGGUGCAGCCGUCGACGUCCGCUCCAGUGACAGCGCCGAGUACAUCGCUGGCGUCGUUGCGUGCACCUACGCCGACGCGUUUGUCGAUGUCAUUUGUCCACCUAUCUCGGACGACUUGUCCCUUACCGAGGCGAGCGUCGUAUACGUGCGCACACCGAGUACAGAGUGCACGUGGAAGACCCUCCGGUCGGCGACCGUGACCGACAUCAAGGCCAACGACGGGACGCCGUCGUACCGGGUCCGCUUCGACGACGACAACUCGGAUGUUUGGCUGCCGCGCACAGAGCUCUACACGUACUUCAGCCGUGUGGGCAUGGACCUUGUGAGUCCGCUCCUGCUGCCCAACACGCACGUCCGCGUCGUGCACGAGCAGACCAACCGGGCGGCGCGGGUCGUGCGCUCAAUGGGCGGCGCGAUGUACGAAGUCGCGUUCGUCGAAGGCGGCGGUGUGGCCAAGACAGUGCGCCGCGGGUGCUUGGCGCCGCUGCCAACGCACCUCGUCCGCGGCGUCGUGUCGAGCGUGCGCGCGGUGAAGGACGGACCCCCGGUGUACGACCUCGUGCUGGACAAUGCCAACGUCGCCACCGACGUAUCCCGCGACGCCUUGCGCCUCGAAGAUGUCGCACUUCGAACGGACGCGCUGCACCUCUGCGCCGCAUACGUGCCGCAUAUCAAGAUCGGCCCCACGUCGGUGACCGCCGAGUCGAUCCAGAGCCUCUGGGGCGGAUCCUCGGUCGUCCAAACGUAUCUCGAGCUCCCGUCGUCCAUCAAAAGUGUCGCCGUCCGCGAUGCUGUCACGGGCGCCGUCACGCCGCUGGGACCGCGCACCGAGGCCGCGCCGACCGUUUUCGGACAGUACCACGGCUACCUCCUCGGAACGCAGUGGAGCGAUGCGGACAAGGCCAAGGCCGCGGCCGUGCGCCAGAUGUCAGUAAAAGAGCUUCCGCUGCCAAAUUUGCUCUCGUUGCUACUGGCGCCGGCACCGCACGUGUGCCUCACAGGCACGCUGGCCAUCGCCGGUGCCAACACGGUCGCAUUCCAAGCGGCGCUGAGUCAAUGGACGUCGCAGCUGCUUGCGGCCGAGAUGCGCCGAGUGAUUACGCUCAUGGUGCACGCCGCCUUGCCGAUCGACGCGGCGCCGACCGCAGUGGCAAUCCACUCGAUCACGAGUGCGCUGGGCGGGAAACCCGUGGCGGACGUUGUCGUCUUUCGCGAGAAGGGCACGGUCUCGGCCACGUACAAGAGCACGGGCAAAGCGCUCACUCAGGUGCCGAUCGAGAACCUCCAGCUGCUCAUCGACUUUGAGGUGCGACUGACGCUUCCGACGACGAGCUCGGAGGCGCUCUCGACGGUGGCCAGCAGCGUCUUGGACCGGGCAAAAGCGGUCGCCGACGUCUUGCAGGCGCAGACGUCGCUCGUCUUUGUCGAGAGCACUGCGAGCGCGUGGUCGUUCGACGCGGAUGAUAUUGCAUGUGCCGACGCCAACGCCACGCUCUCUAUUCAAGUUGCCAAGCGCAGCAAGAAGGACCAAGUGGUCCGUGACUGGUCGGCGCCACCGACGAGUGAGCUCGUGACGUCGCCACUGGCAGAUGUCCACCUGCUUGUGACGACGACCGACAAUCGGGAGCACGACGUGACGCUUGCGGCGUACGACCUCAAGCAAGAAUGUGACCUACGCCAUGAACUCUUGCCGCGCUUCCAAGCCUCGCUAGUGACGGCCCCGGCACCUGACGGCACGUCCGUUGUUCGCUUCCACGACGCCAAGGACGCUACGAGCGUCGUCGACGCGAGUGACAUUGCGCUGGACGCGGUGCAUGUCGACGUUCUCAAGGCCCACGACUUGCACACGACCAAGUCGACGCGGAAGGGCUCGGUCGGCGACUACAUGGACGAAGAGAUCUCGGUGCGGCUCUUCCUCAUGACGAGCGACGUGCCGUCGAACGCGGGUGGCAAGAACCGCAUCGGGCUCACGGUCAACGCGGACGGCGCGAUUCUCAAGGACCUGAAGGGCCAAGAGUACCCCAAGAGCACCGAGACCGUCCGGUCGGCGCACAAGGAGCACCACAAACCGUCGGUGGACUGGGAAAGCGCCAAGAAGGCCAAGCGCUUCACCUUUGGCCAGCCACGAAUGGCGCUCGAGUACGCGACCAAGUUGGUGUUCGAAGUCAUGACGUCCGGGUCGGGGGCCGUGCUCUCGGGCCAAAGCACAACGGGCGCCGCGUCGACAUUUGCAUCGGCCAACUGCCUUGGGUUCGCGACGCUGGACCUUGCCACCUUGCCCAAGCACGCCAAGGAGUUGUCGAUCCCACUGUACCGAAAAGGUCACCCAGAAGACCGCGAGCCGCGCGGCAGCCUGACGCUUCGCGUGCAGCGGGAGCAGCUCCUUACGGUCGGCGCCACCGUCCACGUCCGUCGGUGUGCGCCGUUAGACAAGUGGGUGCUCUGCCCUCACGAACUCGUCUUGCGCAGUCUUCGCUACAAGACCAAGCACGCGGAGCGCGGUCUCGUCGAGAAGCUUCACGGCGAAGUGCUCGCGAGCGCGAAAGGCGUCGAACACGAACACGAGGUGCAAAAGCUUCUGCAGCUCGUGCGCCUCGACGACGACCAAACGGGCUUCACGUCGCGGACCGUCUCGGUCGUGCUCAAGCCGCGCCACGACGCGUCGUCGUACGUGGCCGUGGUGCCGCCCAUGACGCUCUCGCAGGUGAGCGCCGCCGACGUCAUCGCCGCGGGCCGUGCGACUGCCGACGCGGUCGUCGAGUUGCUCUCGCCGCGCCACAAGCACCGGCGACUCAAGUGGUCGGCCGACUUUGUCGAGAAGAAGCCCACCGACACCGAGCACGUUGUCGCAGACCACCGGUCGCCGUUCGAAGUCGCAACCGACCGCCUCCGAAGCACGCUUCUGAAGCUCCACUACGUUUCGACAACCAAACUCAUUCCAAUGCUCGACAAGAUGGCGCUGCUCAGUGUAUCGCCAAGCGCCGAUUUUAUCGAAGCCGAACGCAUCUUGACGUUCUUUGAAGACGAAGUCGACGAGUUGGACCAUGACGAUGCCAUGGCGUUUGAACGCCUCGACAAGAAGACGCGCGUCGCCAAGCUCACGCAGCUCCUCGGUCGGCUCCUGAAGGCUUAUGUCCGCGUGUCGAUCCUCGUCGACCACGAGACGCGGGGCGCUGUGAACAACCGCAUGACAGACGAGGUCGUGGGCAUGGCCAUUAUCCCGCUGCUCGACCUCCUCGACCAGCGCCAGCACAACCGGCAGUACCAGCUCCAUCUCGACCGCAGAGGCAACGACGGUCUCUGCACCCGCGAACUCAAAAAGGCGCUCGUGCACAUCAAGACCCAGCUUUCGUUCUCCGAGCUCUCGAUGCUCGAGACCGCCAUCAACAUCUUCAAAGACUUCAAGAAGAACUACAUCGACACGUUCGAAGUCGCGCGGCGCCGUGUGACGGCCGCGGUUGUCCCCGCGCAGCGCCGGCGCUGGCAAACCCUCAUGGGCUACCUCGAGACGCUCAGCGAGCAAAGCGUCGGCAAGAUGCACUGGGAGACGACACCGACGCUUCUCGAGCACGUCUGGGACAUUUUCCUCUCGCACAAGCGGCAAUUUCCAAGCCAACUGCUUGCGUUUGCGCCGCAGAUUGUCGCGUACCGAGACGCCGUCGUCAAGGUCCACGCGCGCUGGGUAAACCUCCAGCCUAUGCUGCAAGAGCUGCUCGAGAUCCAAUCGCGCGUCGCCAUUGACGCGACCCGGACGCCUGACCUCUUGGAGGCGAUUCAGAGCCAAGUCGAAGGCCUUGACGUUCUCCGCCGCAAUGCGUGGGACCAAGUCGAGGGCAAGUGGCUGAGCCUACGGGACGUACUCGAAGAGCUCGUCAGUAUGCAAGAGCGCAACAAGCUGCACAUGGCCCGUGCGCCGCUCCUCCUCAAGUUUGUAAGCGACCACUGCUCCAAGGGUCUCAACCCGCGCCAUGCCGACGCCGUCGCGGCCGUUCAGUUUCGCUGGAUCGCGCUCACCAAGCACGACGGCCCCAUCAACGAGCUGCGGCUCAUGGAGACGCAUGGGUUGCACUGGCGCCGGACGUACGACCUCCUCCGGCUCCUCGACGAACAGUGCGAGGGGUUUAGCGACGUGGACGCUAAGGCACUCGGUGCUGUCAAGGAGCGUUGGGCCCAAGUCGAGAAUUGGCUCAACGGCUUUCUCGAGAUGCAGCAAAGUCAGAUGAUCCAUUGCCAGCAGACGCCGUAUGCGCUGCGCAAGUUCCUCCUCAUUCGCGACCACGACCUCGUUCGCUCCAAGGACCUUGGCGUCGAGCACGAUAGCGAGCAGGUCGAGGGCAUGCUCGAGUGGUACGCGCACGAAGAGGCCAAGCGCGAGCUCAUUCGGCUGCCGCAUCACCGCAUCACAACCGACGCCGAGCGCGACGACUGGCUCCAGUACUCGGAGAACGGCCGCGACGCACGCCUCCUCAUCACGAAGGACGAGAUGCGCAUGAACGCCGAGAACGUCCGGGCGGCCCUCCUGGAUCGAGGCGUGCUUCCGGCGUCGAUGCCAUGGCAUGAGAUUGCGCGCAUUCGCAAGGCAACGGGGCAGUGGCCCAAGGUCGUCCUUGAUGAGAUCGACGCAAUGGACGCGGCCGUCGACAAGAACGAGCUUCUGCGCAACCCUGAGCGCGUCGUCGAGCUAUCCACGGUGCUCGAGGACGUCGGCAAAGGCGACUUGCUCUGGAAGGUCAAGCACUGUGUCAAUGAAAACAAAGAGACGGCGAUCCCGAUCACGAUGAAGGACCUCCUCUUCGAGUGCCAACGCCGGGGCUUGGCGACGACGGAGCUCGAUGCGCUGCUCAAAGGCCUCGCGACGACCUUACAAAAGGAAGAGCUCACGCGGCGCAACAUUCCCGUGCCGGCCAAUGCGAGCGUCGAGAAGGUGUGCUCGAUCCUUGUCGCACAUCAAGUCACCGAAGUGCCACUCCCGAUCAAAAUCACGGAUAUUCAAGACGCUCUCGUCGCCCGGCACUUGGACAAGAAGGGCGACGCGCAGUACGUCCGCGGCGUCCGUGUCAACACGUUGUCCCACGGUGCGCUCGGAAAUGGUCCGUCGCCUCUAGGUAUUGUCGACAGCCACGUCGAGCUCCUUCGCAAGCAGCUCCUCAUGGAAGCGAUGCGGAAGCGCAACUCGCUCAUCAAGACAUUCCCAGUCGCGUCGCAGGCGCUCCUCGAAGAGACCGCAGACGUCGUCGAGCUCGACAUGAGCGGUAGCAACGAAUCGCUCGUCGACCGCUUCCACGCCAUCCUCGUGCACGAAACCUAUUGCAUCAAGCUCGCUUCGUACGCGGCCUUGGACCGCUGCGCGCGGGCACUUGUCGGUGUGCCCCGGGACCAGGUCAUGACCAAAGAAGACAUGGCGUUGUGCCUCCAAAAGUACAAUGCGCGGCUUCCGGCCACGGCCUUUACGCGCGACGAGCUUUUCUGCCCGAGUGGCGGCAAUGCGGCGGCGAUGGCCUACUACGCGGCGCUUCGGACGACUGCGAUCGCCUUCCAGGAACAGGUGCCAUUCACAGGCCGCGUCGCGACCAACCUCGGUGUCGUGGACGCGAUGCCCUUUGAAGUACCGCGGGAACUGCUGAGCGCGACGGCGCUGCCGCUCGACCGGAGCAAGCUCACCCUCGGGUAUGUCGUGGUCGACUGGCUCCUCGGCAACGACGAUACGCCCGUGGAGCUCCGGAGUGCCAACAGCAAGUAUUACCUCCAGCGGCUGCAGUGGGUCUCAGCGGCGCUCACGAUCCGCGACCGGUGGUGGACGCUCGGACGUGGCUGGUGCGAUCUACCGAGUGACAUUGGCGUCGGCGUCAAGGUGCUUCUGGACCAGCUCAUUCUCAUGGCCGGCGAGAACAAAAUGCACAUGACCAACGCGGAGCGGCUCCUCAAAGAGAUCAACGAAAAGUGCAUUGAGCUGCGCCUGCGCGAGAACGAUGCGCUGGAAAAUAUUCUGUUUCGGUUCAACGAAAACAUGGCGCUGCUCGAGGAGCUCGUCGAACACGCCGAGCGGUGCAUCAACAACCGCAAGCUCCACUCGGAGCGCACGCCCGAGCUACUGCACCUCAUUCAGCAGCACUGCGUCACACCCAAGGGGCUCAGCACCCGGCACCAGGAGGCAUACCGUGUUGUGACGACGCACUGGCUACCGCACGGGCGGCAGCUCGAGGAGCUCGUUCAAAUGCACAAGGAGGGGACGUUCAGCAUCCAUCGGACGCCCGAGAUACUCGAAGAGAUGGCGCACCACACCGAAGGUAUCGCGGGCUCGAAAGAGACGGUCAAGCCUGCGGACGGAGCCGAAAACAACGAUGCGUUCUCGGCUGCCCAGCUCACCGAGUGGCGCAAGGGCCGACGCAAGUCGGUGCUCAACGAGCAGCGACCAGGCCUCUCGAUUGAGGAGCCUGAAGUGUCGGCGCCGCUUUCUACCGAGGUUGAGACGUGGAAGUCGCUGGCGGCGCCGACAGCAACGAAAGCCAACGUCUCGCCGCUCAAGCGCUCCGUGACGUGGUCGUUUGAUGUCGAUGCGACCAAGGACGAAGCUGCGCGACCAGCUUUGCCCAUCUUCCAGCUCCAGCACAAGCUCCAGCCGCGCAAGGCUACUCUGACAGAGGAGGUGUGCGAACUCAUCAAAUCGCCGUCCAAGUGGUUUGAACCCAAGAAGAAGACGGCACGGAUUCCACCCCGGCUCUUCUUCCCGCCGCAGGUCGCCCGCGACGACCAUGUGUAG